AUGGUGGCCCUGCUGCUUCUGGGGAUCCUGCUGCUCCUGGGGCUCUGGGGGCUGCUCCAAGCCUGCACCCCCACCCCCUCCCCAGCCCCUCGCUGGCCCCCUGGGCCACGUCCACUGCCGCUCAUCGGAAACCUGCACCUGCUGCGUGUGUCCCAGCAGGACCGGUCACUGAUGGAGCUCUCAGAACGGUACGGGCCGGUGUUCACUGUUCACCUGGGGCGUCAGAAGACGGUGGUGCUGGCUGGCUACGAGGCUGUGAGGGAGGCCCUGGUGGGCACCGGGCCGGAGCUGGCUGACCGGCCCCCCAUCGCCAUCUUCCAGCUCAUCCAGGGAGGUGGGGGCAUCUUCUUCUCGUCGGGGGCACGCUGGAGGGCCGCCCGCCAGUUCACCGUGCGCACCCUCCACGGCCUGGGCGUGGGGAGGGGGCCCGUGGCUGACAAGGUCCUGCAGGAGCUGAGGUGCCUCAUGGGGCAGCUGGACUGCUACGGAGGCCAGCCUUUCCCCCUGGCCCUGCUGGGCUGGGCCCCCUCCAACAUCACGUUCACGCUGCUCUUUGGCCGGCGGUUCGAAUACCAGGAUCCCGUGUUCGUGUCCCUGCUGAGCCUUAUCGAUGAGGUCAUGGUCCUCUUGGGGACCCCCAGCCUGCAGCUGUUCAACAUCUACCCCUGGCUCGGGGCCCUCCUCCAGCUGCACCGGCCUGUCCUACGGAAGAUAGAGGAGGUCCGAGCCAUCCUGAGGACCCAGCUGGAGGCGCGGCGGCCCCCCACGCCCGGGGGAGGCCCCGUGAAGAGCUACAUGGACGCCCUGAUCCAGCAGGGCCAGGGGAAUGACCCCCAAGGCCUGUUUGCUGAGGCCAACAUGGUGGCCUGUGCCCUGGACAUGGUCAUGGCUGGUACAGAGACCACGUCGGCCACGCUGCAGUGGGCUGCCCUCCUGAUGGGCAAGCACCCGAGUGUGCAAGGCCGGCUGCAGGAGGAGCUGGACCGCGUGCUGGGGCCCCGACGGUACCCCCGGCUGGAGGACCAGCGGUCCCUGCCCUACACCAACGCCGUGCUGCACGAGGUCCAGCGGUUCAUUACCCUCCUGCCCCACGUGCCGCGGUGCAUGGCGGCUGACACCCAGCUGGGCGGCUACCUGCUCCCCAAGGGCACACCUGUGAUCCCCCUGCUGAGCUCUGUGCUCCUGGACAAGACACAGUGGGAGACGCCCCGCCAGUUCAACCCGGGCCACUUCCUGGACGCUGAGGGGCGCUUUGUGAAGCGGGCAGCCUUCCUGCCCUUCUCUGCAGGCCGCCGCGUCUGUGUGGGAGAGAGCCUGGCCAGGUCGGAGCUGUUCCUGCUUUUCGCUGGCCUCCUCCACAGAUACCGCCUGCUGCCCCCGCCCGGCCUCAGCCCCGCCGCCCUGGACACCACGCCCGCCCCAGCCUUCACCAUGCGGCCGCCAGCCCAGGCGCUCUGUGCAGUGCCCAGGCCCACGGGCUCUGACCAAGGAGACCCGGGGAGGGUCUGA